CACUCUGAAGGAUGGAGCCCCAGGAGUCAGAUGUGCAGUACGCUCGCUGGAAUGAGAGCUGCCAGGAUGAAGUCAACAUCAAUGUCUCUUCCACAUCCACACUAGAGGGGAUCUCCAAGCAGCUGUGCACUGGGAUGCCUGGCAUUGCCAUGAAGUUGAUCGGAGUGCUUGCGAUUCUGAGCCUCGUUUUCAUCAUUGGAUACGUCACUGGCUACUACGUACACAAGUGUAAAUAAGCGAUGUUUCAUUUGAUCACAGAGCAAAAACUUUUUCAGUUGUGCAACAAAAGAAAAGCAUUGCACGAAGUGUGUAUCCACCAGCAGACUGGGUUUGGAGAUUGUUAGAAUUGAAACCAGCAAGGCUCAGGAAGUACACAGCUGUUCAAUUCUUAUGCUCUGGUAAAUUAGAAAUAUGUGCAACCA